AUGAAUACUUUUCUAUAUUGUGGGGCAGGAGAGCUUGUAGCAGAACAAUGUAAUGCAGUAUAUCGUGCAAUGUGCGAUCUGGAGUGGUACGAAUUAGAAUCAAGUAAGGCAAGAAGUCUUAUUUUGUUAAUGAUGCGAGCUAAAUAUCCUUUUUAUAUUACUGCAGGAAAUAUUUUUCCAUUAACAAUGACUACUUUUUGCAGCAUAUUAAAAUCAUCGGUUGGCUAUAUAUCAUUCCUAUUAACAAAACAUGAUUGA